CCUUAGGGUUUUCCUUAUUUCCUUACUUUACCUUUUCAUUUUUUUGCGCUCCUCAUCCGACCAGCUCCGGCGAACAGAACAGUGACCAGAGCGAACGGUGGAGAAGCGACAACUCCGGUGAGCAGCACGGUGGAGCAAUUUCAUCUGUGUUUCUUCAAACUGAUGAUGUCAUACAACUAUUAGGUUCCUUUCUUACUCGGGAUUUUUUUGUUGCACAGAUGAGAGGGUCUUAAACAAGGUUCUAGGGUUCUAGAAGCUCGCCUAAAACAAUAGCCUCAUUGGUCUUCUGCAAUGGAUGCCAAAGACAUCUUGGGAUUGCCUAAAAAUUCGUUCCCUCCUCAGGAGAAGAAGUCUCGACCUCCCAAAGAGUCUCAGAGAAAACCCGAUGGAAUUUCCCGUGAGGUUUAUGCGCUUACGGGUGGAUUGGCACCACUUAUGCCUGCUGUUGAUUCCUCUCAAUUGAAAAGAAGGCCUCCACCAGACGAAAAGGUCGCUUGGCAGUGGCUUGGUUUCACCAGUUCUGCUCGUAAAGAUAAUCUUCAUCUUUAUCAUUGGGUCCGAGUUGUAAAUGGUGUUCCACCAACUGGUGACUAUUCUUUUGCCAAGUAUAACAAGUCUGUUGACAUUACAAGAUACACAGAUGAGGAAUAUGAGAAGUAUUUGACAGAUCCUAGGUGGACCAAGGAAGAGACAGAUCAGCUGUUUGACUUGUGCGAACAAUUUGAUCUCCGAUUCAUUGUCAUAGCUGAUAGGUUCCCAUCAUCUCGGACUCUAGAAGAAUUGAAGGAUCGAUAUUAUAGUGUAUCACGGGCUUUAUUAAUUGCUAGGAAUCCAUCUUCUGUGGAUAUUGCAGCACAUCCUCUUCUUAAGGAACCAUAUAAUAUUUCACGUGAUGUGGAGAGGAAACGAGCAAUGUCCCUGGUCCUCUCUCAAACAAGGCAACAAGAGCAAAGAGAUGAAGAGGUUCUUGCUGAAGCAAAAAGAAUAGCUCAGUCACGCAUACCUGCUAAGGUUUCUCAAGAAUCUGAGAUGGCUGUUGCUCCAAAUGCUGGUGUAGAAGUUACUGAGAGGACUAUCCCGGGUGAAACUGUGUCUCCACCUCCAUCGAAUGCGCAACAUCCACUGAUACCUGUGCCGCCUCCAUUGUCAACCGAGAAUGCAUCAACUCUGGCUUCUCUUCGCAUUCUUCGUGUAUAUCUGAGGACCUAUGCACUUGAGCAAAUGUUGCAAGCUGCAAGCUCAACUGCUGGAUUGCGAACUAUCAAACGGGUUGAACAAACUUUGCAAGACCUUGGGGUCAAUUUGAAACCAAGGGUUCCAACAAAAGCCGUUUGUGCUGAACAUCUUGAACUAAGGAAAGAAAUACUAACUUUGUUGAAUCUUCAAAAGCAGCUGCAAUAUAAGGAGGCUGAAGGUUUACCUUUUCGUGAAGGGUCCUUCACUGAAACACCAGGAACACCAAAGGAUAGAACAUUUGUUCCUGACUCAAGUUUCGGAGUGGAGAGGACUGGCAAAAGGGACCAAAAGCGCAAGGCACCUGGAAGGCUUUCAGAAGCACCAUCAUCGCCAGCCCAGUCUAAAAGACCCAGAAAAUUAAAGGCCUCUGAUUUUUAGUUUUCUGAUGGCGACUGGAAGAGAUUUUUCGAUCUGUAACACUAGUUUAGACAAACUGAUUUCUUUUAUGGUGGUAUUUAUCGCAAAAUGGAACAUGGAAGUCCAAUGGAACUGGCAUCUUCACCAUGUAUGGGUAGUUGGUAGUUGCUUCUGAUCAGACAAGCUCCCUGUUAGGAUGUUAGGAUUAUAUGUAAUUAAAUUUAGGUUUUGUGAAUUCUAGUUAUUUGUAGAUAGUUUAUGUUAAUAUUUCAGGUUGAAACUUGUUCAUUUGCCUGAUAGGAAUAUAGGAUGUAGGAUUUGCCAUGCUUGGAUGUAAAAUCAUGUUUUUUCUUUUACAACUAUUAUCCACUUGAAAAAGAGUAUAUUAAGCUUUCUUAAUAUUGCCCCCCACCCCUCCCAAUCUGGCAGGUUAAUAUUAAUUCGUCGCAGAUCAAAG